AUGUCGCAGCCUUCCCCCAGCUCAGCUCCUUUGUCGGACGAUGCUCUACGACCAGGGUCUCGUGCUUCUCGCGAGAAGAAGAGACCACUCGAGGAGGACUCGUCCUCGGAGGCUCCCGAGUCGCUGCGUCCACGACCGCUGUCCUGGCACCCCUCGGCCCCCGUGGAACCACCGCUGAGGCCCACCCAGCUGCGUUCCAUCCAAGUCCAUUCCAUCUUGAAUCCCCCGGCCAAGACGACCGCGCUGGUGACCGACACGGCCGUUCCCGGUCGUGAGGGAAACGCGGCGCUGUCUCCUCACCAAUCUCCCGCCGUGCGUCUGCCAUCGCCAGCUCUCCAUCCUCGCCGACUGUCGGCCUCUCCGGGCAUGAGAGGCGGCCAGAUCAUCCAUCCUGCCUCGCCAUCGACCCGUUUCGUGGGACCGGGCGCCCCGUACCCCAGAAAAUCCAGCGCAUCCCAGUCGCCUCUGGCUCAGGAAGCACGGCCUGGUCUGUAUGCAGGAUCCCCGACAUCGCCUUUGACGACGGAUGCAGCGUCCGUGGCUCCAGUACCGGUCUCAGGACACCCGCAGUCCAUGCCGCUCUCGAUUCAGUCCACGCCGACAUUCCACAGCCAUCGAACGAGUGCGAAUCCCACGCCGAACCCCAGUUCCCAGGAAACUAGCCCGUCGACGCCGGUCUCCACAUACAGCCAGUUUGGGCGGUCCUCGCCGGCCAUCUCUGGCGCCCCCGCGCCCCCGCCAGGCCCCGGCUACCCGCCUCCGCCGUUUGGCACCAUGGACCCAGCGACCCGCCUACCUUCAGGGACUGCGGGAGGUAGACCGACAAGGGAAGAGACGCCCUUGAUCGGGGCCCCGUCCCAGCCCGAGAACCCGCCGCUGCCGGGGAUGAUCCCGUGUAUUCUGGACCUGAAGUCGGGGUCGUCCAGUCAGGCGGAGAAGCGCAAGGCCAACAGCGAUGCGUCGCGGCGAUUCCGCAACCGGAAGCGAAAUGAGAUGCAGAUGGAGCAGAAGAUCACGGCCCAGCAGGACGAGAUCCGGAAACAGUCCGACGCCCUGCAACGGCAGUCGCAGGAGAUCCAGGCGUUGCUGCAAGAGCGCGACUUUUACCGCGCCGAGCGAGACUUCUACCGCGAGCAUGUCGCCCGCCUGGUCCCGGCCAGCCAGCUGCCCGCCCGGCCGGCGUCACCCCGGCGGUCUGACCAGGCGUUCCGAUCGCCGCUGGAGAAGGACCGCGAGUCGGCUGGGUGGUCGGUCGAUGCGCCGACAGGCCCGCCGCUUCCGCCGACGAGACCACCGGGGACGUGGUCGUCUGCUCCGUCGUCAUAUGCGACGACGACGCAGGCUCAUACGGAGCGUGGGGACGAGUCGAUGCGGACUUUGCCGCAGUUUCCUGGCCCGUGGCCUCGGUCUUGA